CCGGCAUUUUCCCACAACUCCCUGCUCCAGCUCGCACCGAUGACGAAAAUGGCGGACAGCGCAUCAUCGGUCGAAAUCGUCGAAGGCUGUCGCCUUCCUGUUCUUCGUAAGAACCAGGAACACGAAGACGAGUGGCCUUUGGCCGAGAUUCUAAGUGUAAAGGAAGUCUCUGGAAGGAAGCUCUACUAUGUUCACUAUAUUGACUUCAACAAGCGUCUGGACGAGUGGGUCACAUCGGACCGGCUGGACAUGAAAAAGCUCCAGUUUCCCAAGAAGGAAGCUAAAACGCCAACAAAGAAUGGUCUUCCAGGUUCGCGUCCCAGUUCACCUGAGCGAGAAGUGAGGAAGAGUCUAGAUCUACAAACUGCCACAGCUCCUUCCAGAGGCAAAACUCUCCCCACUCCGAAGAGGAAAGUGGACACGGUCCCCUUGGUGACGCAGGUACCCCCAGCUCCCCCAGUGCCGUCUCUGCCAAGUUCAGCAGAGGCCUCUCAGGCGUCUGUUUUCCCUGUUGCAAGAGAGACCAACACCUUCAAGACCCGAGAAGACCAUGAGCAACUCUCUUCCCUCACAACAAACGGGACCGCUCGAAGACUCAUACCUUCUCAGCCUGGCAGGAAAAGGAAAGCUAAUUGUGGAGCUACUGAUGAGAUGAUAAAGGUUUUGCAGUAUAACAAGCCCCAAAGUGCCAGUGUCUUUCUACCACCACCAGAGGAUUCACAGGACAGCUCUGACGGUAUCCCGUCCGCUCCGCGCAUGACGGGCAGUCUGGUGUCGGACCGUAGCCAUGAUGACAUCGUCACCCGAAUGAAAAAUAUUGAGUGUAUUGAGCUUGGGCGUCACAGGUUGAAACCGUGGUACUUCUCACCGUACCCACAGGAACUUACGUCGCUGCCCAUUCUCUACCUCUGUGAAUUCUGCCUCAAGUACCUCAAAAGUCUCAAGUGUCUGCAGAGACAUUUGACCAAAUGUAACCUCAGACAUCCUCCAGGCAAUGAGAUCUACCGUAAAGGAACCAUCUCUUUCUUUGAGAUUGACGGCAGGAAAAACAAAAAUUAUUCCCAGAACUUGUGUUUGCUUGCAAAGUGUUUCCUGGACCACAAAACACUUUACUACGACACAGACCCUUUUCUCUUCUACGUAAUGACAGAGUAUGACUCCAAAGGCUUCCACAUAGUGGGGUACUUCUCUAAGGAAAAAGAGUCAACAGAAGAUUAUAAUGUGGCCUGUAUCCUUACUUUGCCUCCAUAUCAGCGGAGAGGUUACGGGAAGCUGCUCAUCGAGUUUAGUUACGAGCUGUCCAAGGUGGAAGGAAAGACGGGCACACCCGAGAAACCACUCUCGGAUCUGGGCCUGUUGUCUUAUCGCUCCUACUGGUCCCAGACCAUCCUGGAGAUUCUAAUGGACCUCAAACCAGACAAUGGAGAGAGGCCGCAGAUCACCAUUAAUGAGAUCAGUGAGAUCACAAGCGUAAAGAAGGAAGAUGUCAUUUCAACACUGCAGUACCUCAACCUCAUCAACUAUUACAAGGGCCAGUACAUCCUGACUCUGUCUGAGGACAUUGUGGACGGACAUGAAAGAGCCAUGCAGAAGAGACACCUGCGUAUAGAUCCAAAAUGUCUUCAUUUCACACCAAAAGACUGGAGCAAAAGGGGCAAGUGGUAGAGGCCCCAUCAUAACACAUGGACAGCAGAUGUGAAGCUGGGAUUAGAUAAAGGUUUCCUAAUACAGAAACCCUUUUUUUCAACCCAGGAUAAGUAUAAAAAAUGAACUGCAUAAGCUUUUAUUGUGAAUAUUCGUUAUAUAUUAGGACUCUCAAAGAGACUUGUGAACAGUGACUGUCAUCAAAAUCUGCAACACUCCCUCUACCGUGUCAUCUUCACAACAUUAAAUUCAUGUCGUGUUCAGUAGUAUUCAACAUCUACAAACUUACUGUACACAGAUUCUGGAGUACAGUAGCUUGAGUGCAGCAGGGAAAUAUGUACCAACAGUGAAAAGUAUUUUAGCCAAUUGAAUAUUCAUCUUUCUCUCAAGCCCUGUUUAUUAAGUGCAAAAAAAAUCUGUUUCAAUGCAAUGUUGAUGUAGCGGCCCGGCAACAGUUUUUUAUUACUUUUUCGAGAUGUAUAGUACCAAGCAACCAAGUAUGAAAUAAUGCCAGACCUAAUACUGUGUUGUGAACUCCUGUCAUGUUUUUAAUAGUGUGUUUUAGUGGUCCUUUCCGAUGCUGCUCAGCUCUCCCUAUACUGUCGACUAACUUGAUUCAUCUAAACGUUAUGGAAGCCCACUGGACUGAUGGUAUCUUUCAUGGUCUGAGUCACCAAAUGCCUCGGAAGUGUGGAAGUAGUUCCCUGCUGCAGAAUGUUUCAACUCUACUAACAGAUGCAGGCAGUUAAAAAAAAGAAUCUGUAUUUUAAGGCACCAGCAUAGACCAUAAAUUUACAGUAGUGUUGAACCAAGCCGUUUCUUUGUAUGUAAUAGUUUUAUGCUCCACUAUGCUGGUGAUUUUAUGUUUACCUUUGAAACGUGAUGUGCAAUGAGAUGAAUCACUUCCAUGCUCCGUGUAACUGUUCAUACCGGAUCUGAUUGUACACUUAGAACACAUAAGCCAUGUUGAACUGUUAGAACAAUGUAAAUUUGAUACACA